AUGGCAACAGCCUCAGCUACUGUGUCUCCAGCAAUGUUCACCACAACCACAGUGGCCAAGCCAAGGAGGGCAGCAAACAAUGUGAAUUACAUAACAGGGCUCAAUUCAUUUUCUGGGCUGAAAGCUCACAGCAGUGUGGCCUCUCUUGGCCUUCCACAGGGCACUGAGCAGUCCUUUGCAAAGAUCGUGAGCUCCUUGAGAGCCCCUUCACAGGGCAAAGGCAGAGGUGGAGGAGGGGCACUCUCCUCUACCUGCAAUGCUGUUGGGGAGAUUUUCAAGAUUGCAGCAAUCAUGAAUGGGCUUACACUUGUUGGAGUUGCAGUAGGGUUUGUUCUUCUUCGAAUCGAAGCAUCCGUGGAGGAGGCAGCUGAGGCUGAGUAA